AUGGCCGCGACCACCACCAUGACCUUGCGAGGCAGAGCCGGCGUCUACGCGGGCGCCGCCCUGCUGCGACUCGUCCUGACCCUUGCCUUCCCCGGACUCCCAGACCUCUUGACUGGCCGCGUCGAGAUCUCGACCCCUGUCACGAGCUUCAAGCUGCAAGAAGGACUCUUCCUCUACAACCACAACGUCUGGCCGUACGAUGGCGGCGUCUACCACCAAGCGCCGCUGCUGCUCCCCCUCUUCUCGCUGCUCCCCGACGUCAAGGCCUGGCCCAUAUUCACGUCCCUGCUCUACAUUGCGGUGGACCUGCUGAGCGCGGACGCGCUGGCGAGGAUUGCAGAUUCGGGUGAGGCGGGACAGUCGAGACUAUUUACAUCCCCGCGACGGGCUAAGCGCGCGUCCGGACUGCUCGUGGCCGCGGUUUCUCUUCAACCCCUUCACGAUCGCGACCUGCAUCGGCCGCUCCACAAGCGUCUUCACAACAUGCGCCAUCCUUCACGCCAUCGCCAAGGCCAUCUCCGGCUCUCCCUUCAACGCCAUGGUCGCCCUGUCGUUCGCGUCGUACCUCUCCAUGUACCCGCUCCUCCUCCUGCCGCCGCUCGUCCUGCUGGCCUUCGACCGCCAGCCCGAGAAGCGCCGGGCGACAUGCAUCGCCAGGUUCGCCGCCAAGUGCGUCGUCGUGGUGGCGGGCUGCCUCGGCGUGCUGCUGGGCAUGUCGUUUGCCCUGACGGGCAACUCGUGGGAGUUCCUCGCCCGCACGUACGGCAUCCAGCUCACACUCUCGGACCUGACGCCCAACGUCGGCCUCUGGUGGUACUUCUUCAUCGAGAUGUUCGACUCGUUCCGCGCCUUCUUCCUCGCCGUCUUCUGGCUGCACCUGUCCGCCUACGUCGGCGGCCUCUCCAUACGCCUGCGCGCCCAGCCCCUCGUCGUGCUGACGCUCCUGCUGGGCAUCUUCGCCAUCUUCAAGCCCUACCCGUCCAUCUCCGACACCAGCCUCUUCCUCGCCAUGCUGCCCCUCUACGGCCACGUCCUGCCCCUCAUGCGCUACACGUACGUCGCCUCGGCCACGAUCCUGUACGCGACGUUCCUCGGCCCGGCCUUUUACCACCUGUGGAUCUACGCCGGCAGCGGCAACGCAAACUUCUUCUACGCCAUCACGCUGGUGUGGAGCCUGGGCCAGAGCCUCCUGGUGUCGGACUUGACAUUUGCGGUCUUGCGAGACGAGUGGGAGGUGGAGCGGCCCGAGAUGACUGGCAGGGAGGUCAAGCAGAUAUAGGGCGAGCUCGUCAUAAGAAGACAGACCAUGGACAAAGAGUUCAUUCUGCCAUAAAGUCUUUUGUAACAACACUAGCAUCACGCCGCCAUAGAUGUGGUCACAAAAAAUAA